GGCGUAGUUGCCUCUUAGCUUUCCCUUUGCUCUCUCUCUCUCUCUCUCUCUCUCUCUCUCUCUCAGAGUGUAGUUGUGUGGCAGAUCUUGGGCAGGAAUCAAGCAAGCAAGCCCAAGAAAAUCGUCAGCAAGAAAUGGAUUUCUGCUUCGGAUCGGUUACCAAGUUCACUGCAUGCACCAUUCUACUUGUGUUCUUGCUUUCCUUCUCCAGCUUUACUUCAACAGAUGCCUAUGAUCCCCUAGAUCCAACUGGGAAUAUCACAAUAAAGUGGGAUAUUAUAAGCUGGACUGCUGAUGGCUAUGUUGCUGUUGUUACAAUCUUCAACUUCCAGCAAUACCGUCACAUUCAGUCUCCAGGAUGGACACUAGGGUGGACCUGGGCAAAGAAAGAGGUGAUAUGGAGCAUGAUGGGAAGCCAAGCCACAGACCAAGGAGAUUGUUCAAGAUUCAAAGGGAACAUUCCACAUUGCUGUAAGAAGGACCCAACAGUUGUGGACCUACUACCAGGAACUCCUUAUAACCAGCAGAUUGCAAAUUGUUGCAAGGGGGGAGUAAUUAACUCAUGGGCACAGGAUCCAGCCAAUUCUGCUAGCUCAUUCCAACUUAGUGUGGGUGCAGCUGGAACCACAAAUAAAACUGUGAGAGUGCCUAAGAAUUUCACAUUAAAAACACCAGGGCCAGGUUAUACUUGUGGUCCAGCAAAAAUUGUUAAACCAACCAAAUUUGUUACUCAAGAUGGAAGGAGAACCACACAGGCUAUGAUGACAUGGAAUGUUACCUGCACUUACUCUCAAUUCCUUGCUCAGAAGACUCCUACUUGCUGUGUUUCACUCUCGUCCUUCUACAACGACACGAUAGUACCGUGUCCAACAUGCACCUGUGGUUGCCAAAACAACAUUACUCAUCCAGGGAGCUGUGUAGACCCAAACUCGCCAUAUUUAGCUUCAGUUGUUUCAGGACCUGGCAAGAACAGCUAUACGCCUCUGGUGCAGUGUACAAGUCAUAUGUGCCCUGUCCGAGUUCACUGGCACGUUAAGGUUAACUACAAGGAAUACUGGAGAGCGAAGGUCACAAUUACUAAUUUCAAUUACAGGAUGAACUAUACACAAUGGAACUUAGUUGUCCAACAUCCCAACCUUGACAAUCUGACUCAGAUUUUCAGCUUUAAUUACAAGCCCUUAACACCUUAUGGAGAUAUAAAUGAUACUGGCAUGCUAUGGGGAAUGAAGUUCUAUAAUGAUUUGCUCAUGCAAGCUGGCCCUCUUGGUAAUGUACAGUCGGAGCUACUCUUCCAGAAGGACACAUCAACUUUCACUUUCGACAAGGGUUGGGCUUUUCCUCGGAGGAUAUACUUCAAUGGAGAUAACUGUGUCAUGCCACCUCCUGAUGACUAUCCAUAUUUGCCAGGCUCCAGUUCCCAGACAGAUGUGUCUUUGCUUACCCUAAUGUUGACCCUGUUUUUGUAUUUGAUAUUAUCCUAAGCACAUGCAUAAGAAUCUUUUGAACAUGACUACAAAUUCAGUUGUUUCAUAAAUUUUCCACUUAAACACAUACAACAGCAGAAUCAGCAACAAGCCGAUUGAAGGGUUCGUCUCUGGCAAUGAUGUCUGUCAACCAAUGCAUGUUCAAGUGUGGACCAAUUGCAACAAAGAAAGUCUCUAUUUGGUGGUGAA